AUGCUUUUCUACACCGAUCUCAGAAUAUUUUUCCUGCUCCACAUCACUGCUGGAUCGGCUUCACCUCUUUCGCAGCAACCUCUUCUCGGCAGCACCGUCGACCCCUUCCCGGUAUACUGGCAAAACGACACCGUCUGCGCCGCAAACUCUUCGCAUUUCGUAGGAACAGUUCCGGUCGCUCAGAGCAGAGGGCUCUUCUUCUGGUUUGUGGAGAGUCGAGAUGAUCCGAUUGCAAGUCCUACAAUCAUCUGGUUGAAUGGCGGUCCUGGUGCGAGCUCGCUGGUCGGGCUGUUCGAAGAGAUAGGACCAUGCCGAAUGUCGACCCUGAGCGAGACGCUUCCCAAUCCUCACAGCUGGUCAGAAUAUGCCAAUCUGCUGUUCCUAGACCAGCCUUCUGGAACAGGACUCUCGGCUUCCUCGUCUCCUGUAACAACCUUGCAUACGGCCAGUCUCGACUUUUCAACCUUCGUGAAGCGCUUCACGCGACAGUACCCUCAAUACUUCGCCAAAGGCCUCUUCAUCGCCGGCGAGUCCUUUGGUGGAAUUUAUGUGCCGAGGUUCACCUCCGACAUUGUCCAGGAGCAGCUCAGCUUCCGCGAAGGGGCGCUUGAAGUUCCAAUCCAUGGCAUCAUCUUGGUAGACGCCCUGGUCGAUGGCGCUUCCUCGCCCCUCGGUCAUUAUGAGAUGUUCUGCACAGGUGAAGCCGAGUUUCCCGUCCACUUCAACCAGAGUACGUGCGAUGCUAUUGCGAUGGCGAUGCCAGAAGCCGAGCGCUUGCAGCAUUUAUGUCAAAGUACCCAAGAUCCUUACGUGUGCUCGACAAGUCACGAAUUUGGUCUGAACAACAUCUAUCGCUAUUUACAAGAACAAGAGGUGGAUACACGUCGACGGAGUCCUUACGAUCUUCGUCUCCCGUGUGGCGAAGACCGAUUCUGCAUCCCAAAGUCCCCAAUUUCCAUCGAGCAUCAUCUGAAUCGUCCCGAAAUCCAACGUCGGCUCGGACUACGCCAGCCCGUGGAGUAUGUUUCAAUCAACUUCUCGCUAAAUGCUGCGUUUACCGCACAUCCAGAAAACUUGAUCCCGACAACAAGAGAAGUCACAUUUCUUCUUGACGAGGGGGAACUCUCGGUGCUUGUCAUGAAUGGCAAUUUUGACGCUGUCAUGUAA